AUGUCCCGACACCGUGUCAAGGCCGUGAGCUACGACGACGAUUACGACGACUACGACGAUGGAUACGACUCCCAAGACCCAGAAGAGCGUGAACUUCUCGAGCAAUGUACUCGCGAGGUGCAGAGUCAGCUAGCUGCGGGGGACCCGCCUGUGAGCGCGACUCGCGACGAGGUUCAGGAAGCGCUGUGGCAUUAUUACAACGACGUCGACAAGUCGGUGAACUAUCUGAGGGGCAAAAAAACGAAGGAGGCCGACAAGAAGGCCGCUACGGUAAAGGCGAAAGUCAGCACAGUGCCAGCAUAUCCCAUACCUCCUACUACUACGCCCUCACAUCCUCACUUCUCUGCGGCUGAGUUCUUUCGUGACUCUCCCUGGCUUAAUAUACCUGCGAACCGGAAGGCGGAUAUUCUCAUCGAACCGCUGUACCCUCGACUUGGACUUCUAGGUGGAGCACCGGAGAACGGUGGGGGGAAGGUGUCUAAACUAGCUGCUUUGGCAGCAGCACGGAAGAGAAAAGAAGGCGACAAGGCCCCAGCAUCUACACCGGGACAUGAUAUUCAAUCUGCAAACGAAGCCAAAGGAGCUCCUUUGUCACUCCGGGAGAGACUUGCGAGUAAACAAGUCAAACAAGAGAGUUCGCCUUCGCUACAAAGUUUGAAGCGACAAUCGCCGCCGCAGGAGAAGUCGCCUGAGCCAAAGCCAACCAUCCCAGCGGCUACUAGCCUGGAGGACGCUGUGAAAGACCUUCAGAUCGAGGAUAAACAGCGACUAGACGAGGAGAAAGAGGAGCCACCUGCGGUCAAUAUACGCGCUCCGCCUUCAACCUUUGCCGCCACCAUAGUUGGAGAUGACACGCGCCCGAAGUUGACCGAGCCCAGCCACCUGUUUACGGACACCCUGGAUCUAAUGAAAAUCUACGGCCAAGACCUCGCUGAACCAUUUGACUUUGCAGGACCCAGUCCGGACGAUGUAGUUUUGAACGCCCAGAGUUCCGCUAAAGGCUUCAAGUCGAAACAACCUGCCGCGAAGCCACAAGGGGACAAGAAAGCGGCGGGUUUGGCGGGUGAUAUGAGUAACCUCAGCGUCACCGAAAAGGUUAACGUAAAAAGCAAAAAUCUGGAUGUGCUCUCGGAGUACAAGAAAGCCAAGCGGAAGAAUGCCAUGAACUUUGUGGUUAUCGGCCACGUUGAUGCUGGAAAGAGCACUCUCAUGGGACGCCUACUAGCGGAUUUGAAAGCCAUUGACCAGCGGACACUCGACAAGUAUCGAAGGGAGGCAGAGAAGAUAGGAAAAGGGUCCUUUGCCCUGGCGUGGGUGUUGGAUCAAGGCUCUGAGGAAAGAGCGAGGGGUGUGACCAUCGACAUUGCGACAAGCAAGUUCGAAACUGAGAAGACCGUUUUUACCAUCGUGGAUUCUCCGGGUCAUAGGGAUUUCGUUCCGAACAUGAUUGCUGGGGCUAGUCAGGCCGAUUUUGCGGUGCUUGUUAUCGAUUCCAGCAUAGGGAACUACGAAUCAGGGCUGAAAGGCCAGACUAAGGAGCAUGCUUUACUCGUCCGCAGCAUGGGCGUUCAGAGGAUCAUUGUUGCCGUGAACAAGAUGGACACUGUACAGUGGGACUAUGGACGAUUCGAGGAGAUCGAGCAGCAGGUCUCGGCAUUCUUGAUCACUGCUGGGUUCCAAGCGAAAAACAUCUCUUUCGUGCCUUGUUCUGGAGUCAAUGGGGACAAUAUCACUAGACGAAGCGAGGAUCCAAACGUGUCUUGGUACACUGGACGUACCCUUGUGGAAGAGCUCGAGACAAGUGAACCGUACUCCCACGCUGUCGACAAGCCCUUACGGAUGACAAUUGGCGACGUGUUCCGAGGCAGCAUACAAAAUCCACUGUCAAUAUCCGGCCGAAUCGAUGCAGGCAGUCUACAAAUAGGUGACCAGGUUCUCACUAUGCCGAGUGGGGAGAGCGCAACUAUCCGGAGUCUAGAGAUCGACGGGGAACCUAAUGACUGGGCUGUUGCUGGUCAAAACGUUGUCCUGAACCUGGCCAACAUCGACCCGAUUCAUCUUCGCUCCGGUGAUGUUGUAUGUCACGCAACCGCACCUAUCACCAACGUUACUUCAUUUACAUGCAAGGUACUUGCAUUUGACCAUCUUCUUCCCAGUGCGGUCGACAUCCAUCGGGGGCGACUGCACGUCCCUGGCCGGAUUGGCAAGCUGGUUGCCACGCUGGAUAAAGGGUCUGGUAACGUCCUCAAGAAGAAGCCGAAGAUCGUUCAGCCGGGAAGUGUGGCGCGGAUUGUUAUAGAGUUAGACCAGGCGGUACCUCUAGAGGCGCCCACUCGGGUUGUUUUGCGAGCUGGUGGUGAUACAGUGGCUGCUGGGUUGUUAGAGUAA